AUGGGAGCUGUUAGGACUGAAGGUGUGUUCAUAUCUCUUCAGGAACCCUCCUUGUAUACUGUCAAAGCCAUCCUGAUUCUGGACAAUGAUGGAGAUCGACUUUUUGCCAAGUACUAUGAUGACACGUAUCCAACUGUCAAGGAACAAAAGGCUUUUGAGAAGAACAUUUUCAACAAGACCCAUCGGACGGACAGUGAAAUUGCCCUUUUGGAAGGCCUGACAGUGGUAUACAAAAGUAGUAUUGAUCUGUAUUUCUAUGUGAUCGGCAGCUCCUAUGAAAAUGAGCUGAUGCUCAUGACUGUUCUGAACUGCCUCUUUGACUCACUGAGCCAGAUGCUGAGGAAAAAUGUAGAAAAGCGAGCUCUGCUGGAGAAUAUGGAAGGCCUUUUCUUGGCUGUGGAUGAAAUCGUGGAUGGAGGGGUGAUCCUAGAGAGUGAUCCUCAGCAAGUAGUACACCGGGUGGCAUUAAGGGGUGAAGAUGUUCCCCUUACGGAGCAAACUGUGUCUCAGGUGCUGCAGUCAGCCAAAGAACAGAUCAAAUGGUCACUGCUUAGAUGA